AUGGCUUAUCCCGGUAAUCAGUAUGGAGGUAUGGGUGGACAAGGUCUUCCUGGACAAGGUCUUCCUGGACAAGUUGGUUACAACCAGGUUGGAGGAAACUUUGCCGGACAACCCGGUUUUAAUCAACAAGGUUUUGGUGGCAAUGUAGGAAUGGGAGCUGGUGGUGUUCAACCUCAGCCUGGAAUGGUGCAGGUUGGUUAUGGACAGCCUCUUAUGCAACUUCCUGAUCCACCAGGCGGUAUUAAUAGUUUGGGACCAGAAUGGACUAAACAUGGUUAA